AUGAACACGUCCUCUGCCAAUGUCACCGUGGUUUUACAGUAUCGAGACUCCUUCUCUAAAGCUGUGGCCAAGAAUUUGAUUGUGGUGGUGAUCGGGAUCUCCAUCAACUACAUCAAUGCCGGCCUCAUUCACACCUUCUGCAAACACCAGAUCUUCUACACGAAUCCUCGGUACAUCCUUUUCAUUCACCUGGUGUUCAACGACAUGAUGCAAAUGACGCUGUCACUUUUCAUGUUCAUCAUCAGCUACACUAUUUACAGAAUGAAUGCGUCUGUUUGCUGCACCUUCAUCCUGAUCACUCUGAUCAUGAGCGAAAACACGCCUCUGAACCUGGCCUGCAUGGCGAUGGAGUGCUACAUCGCCAUCUGCUUCCCUCUGCGCCACGUACAGAUCUGCACCGUCAAGAGAACGCUGAUGCUGAUUGGUUUGAUCUGGACGACUACCAUGUUGUCUGCGCUCCCCGAUCUGUUCAUCGCUUUGGCCACAGUGCCACUGGACUUCUUUCAUUCUCCUUGA